CCGAAGCCUUGGCAUGAUGGGAGUGUUAGUUUUCUGGGCACAAAGGCGGCGUCCCGGUUUGCACCUUCUUUCUCCCUUUUUGCAAAUGCACAGCCCAGAUGUGGCUGCGUGAAGCUGUGGCUGGAAGGGAUGGAGCCUUGGCUGCACUUGUGGUGAAAGAUUCUCUAUGAGACAGCUGUGAUGCCUGAAGAAGACUGCUGUUUAAAGUGAUGAAGAAAAGAACAGACAUGGCUUAAAUCAAGAGUGCUGCAGUUUUUGGAAGUAUCUGCAGAUACUUGGCCGUUUUGUAGAAGAUGCUGGGAGACAGGGUACCGACGGAUCUCGCGGGAGACCUUUACAAGGACCUCUCGUUUCCGGCCAACGAUGACUCUCUCUUUUUUAACUACUCGACUCCGUUGGCUCAUUUCAGAGGAGAGAUUUGUUGGCUGAGACCUCAGGAGAUAUGCUCUCUACCUCGCUUAUUUUCAGACAAUCAUUAUGAGUGGCAGGUCAAGCAAGGGAUGCUGGGAGAUUGCUGGUUCCUCUGCGCUUGUGCAGCCUUGCAGAAGAGUAAAUACCUUUUAGCCAAGGUGAUCCCUCCUGGUCAGCCUGGAUGGAGAGAUGAGAAAUACCGAGGCUGUUUCACUUGUCGCAUCUGGCAGUUUGGACACUGGGUGGAGGUCACCAUAGACGACCGCCUGCCUUGCUUGGGAGGGAAACUCUGCUUCUCCCAGUGCCAGAUGGAGGAUGUGUUUUGGCUCCCGCUGCUGGAAAAAGCUUAUGCCAAGGUACAUGGCUCUUAUGAGCAACUCUGGGCCGGCCAAGUUGCAGAUGCUCUUGUGGAUCUCACCGGAGGCUUAGCAGAAAGGUGGACCCUAAAAGACCCCGGCCGAAGCACAGAGAGGGAGAGGGCAGGCAAGGUCUUGGAGAAAUCUGUCUUUAGGAGACUGAUGAACCUCAAGGAGAAAUGUGUUAUGAGCUGCUCGGUCUUCAGCUCACGGCAAGGGACUAGCGAAUUGGGGGAGUUCCACGCCUUCAUUGUGGUCGACAUGCAAGACCUCUCCAAAGUGUCCAGGAAAGAUGUAAUCCUGCUGAGGAUACGCAACCCUUGGGGAAGACGCUGUUGGAAAGGGCCGUGGAGGGAAGGAGGACCUGGGUGGAGCCAACUGGAUCCGGUGGUUGCUGCGGAGCUGUUGUCUCAGAUACAGGAAGGAGAAUUCUGGGUAGAAGAGGAGGAAUUUUUUGCAGAAUUUGACGAAAUCAUAACCGGGUACCCCAUUACGGAAGAGGGGCAGCUGCAGAGCCUUUACACAGACAGGGUGCUGAGCCACACUCAGAAGCUGUAUGGCUCUUGGGUGAGAGGACAGUCAGCAGGCGGCUGCCGGAACAACAGCACCUUCCCGACCAACCCCAAGUUCUGGCUGAGGGUCUGUGAGCAGAGCGAGGUGUGCAUUGCUCUCCUGCAGAAGCACCGCAAGCACAGCACCGACUGGGCAGGUCGAAUUCGGAACUGGCCCCGUUUAGUGGAAGCGGAACCGCCCGUGGCUGAUGGCAUCCGAGGGAAGAAUUACCACGCGGUGGGGCUGCACCUAUGGAAGGUUGAAAAGAAGCAGUUUAACCUCCCAAAGACCCUCUCCAUGCCCCCGAUUUCAGGCACCGUUUGCCAUUCCUACAACCGGGAAGUGCACCUUCAUUGUGACCUCUCUCCUGGGUAUUACCUUGUUGUCCCAAGCACCUUCCUCAAUGAUGCCGAAGGAAACUUCCUCCUUCGGGUCUUCGCCAGCGGACGAAUCUCACUCAGCGAGAUAAAGCUGCCUUCACCUGACAACGCUAUUCGCGAGGAGCUCCCAGGAGGCGAGUGGGAGACGGCCCGGAUGGAGGGACGUUGGAGGAAAGGGCAGAGCGCGGGCGGGAGCAGGAACUUCCCUUCCUUCCACAGCAACCCCCGCCUGCCUCUCUCGGUCCCUCCGGGCGCCGGGCAGAGGGGCAUCCACGUCGCCCUCCGCCAGCACUGCCCAGACAACAAGUGCCACCCGAUUGGGUUUCAUAUCUUCCAGGUUCCCACUGACAACAACAAUGUCAAAAUGCCUUCAGCAGCCUUCUUGCACUUGGAGCCUGUUGUUAGUGGUGUGCCUCACAGCUACUCGCAAGAAGUCAGCCAGUUUUGCCGACUGCCUUCGGGAAAUUAUGCCAUCGUUCCCUCAACGUACCUGCCCGAUACCGAAGGCACCUUCACCGUUAUUGUAGCAACCAAAAUAGAAAGGAAAAGCAUUCGAAGCAAGGAGACUUUGGGUCAAAGAUUGCAAGAGAUCUCCUUUAAAGCUGUGAUGAAAGUGUAGCAUGGGAUUCCUGCAUCCAGUGUUGGAGGAAACACCACCAGGAAGAAGAAAUGGCCAAGCUGAUUUCUCUUUGAAAUUAAACAAUGCAAAGUAACGUCAAGCCCUGUCAAUUUCUUGGGCACAGUAGCAUCUCUCUUUCAACUUUUUCAUAAAAACAGACUCAUAUGCCCCCUGAUUUUUUUUUAAUGACAUGUCCAUUUGAACUUCAGCCGGUGUUGAGGUCGCUUGCUGUUGUGUUUCCAUGGACUUUGCUCUGUGUGCUUCUCUAUCCCCAUCCCCGUCUCACCUGCCUUUCAGUGGAAGAAUAACGUGGUUCCUGUGCCGUGUUCAAAUCAUUGUCUGUUUGCCGUUGGUAAUCCUUUCCCUCUCUUUUUCUAUGUGUGUGGUGUGUGUUCAUAGUGAAAAACCACUUGUGGUUCACAAGGAAACUCAAGAAAGUGAUGAUAGGGAAAAGGAGACUCGAGAGAAGAAGGGAACGUUAUUAUUACAAGAAGGAUUUGUGUUAUAGCUGGAUUUGUUUUGGUUUUUCUUCAUGAGAUUCUUUUAGGCCUGGUCAGAUCUUGAUGCCAUGAGGAGAGACGGGUAAGAAAUAAAAUUAUUGUUAUUAUUAUUAUUAUUGUUAUAUUAUUAUUAUUAUUAUUAUUAUUGAUUUUUUUCACAAAUAGCUCUCAAAAACAUGCAGCCCAUUUUUAAAAAUAGUUACUUGGGGAUUCUGGGAGUUGUAGUCCAAGUUACAUCCUACUUGCCUAGUACAGUAGAGUCUCACUUAUCCAACAUAAACGGGCCGGCAGAAUGUUGGAUAAGCGAGUAUGUUGGAUAAUAAGGAGGCAUUAAGGAAAAGCCUAUUAAACAUCAAAUUAGGUUAUGAUUUUCCAAAUGAAGCACCAAAACAUCAUGGUAGACAACCAAUUUGGCAGAAAAAGUAGUUCAAUAUGCAGUAAUGCUAUGUGGUAAUUACUGUGUUUAUGAAUUUAGCACCAAAAUAUCACGAUAUAUUGAAAACAUUGACUACAAAAAUGCGUUGGAUAAUCCAGAACGUUGGAUAAGCGAGUGUUGGAUAAGUGAGACUCUACUGUACUUGACAACCCCCUUUUCCAGGUCUGUGGAGAAAAUAUAUACAUGAGACUUAAGUCUUUGGGUCUGGACCAUGAAUGUUUUUUCCAUGUUAAGCCUCUUUCCAUUUUCAGUAUCCUUGGGUCCUUCAGGCUGAGCUAUUUUGAUGAUGAAGAAGUGGUUGUGGGGAGGAAGGAAAGGGCUUGGGACUAUCCAUCUCUAUCUGGCGUCUUACAUCUUAGUGAUGUGGUGAAAAUCCUCUUGGUUUCAUUUCCACCUUUUAAAGGAGCUAUCCAAGGUGUGGAACUUGUUUUGUGGCCAAGGAUCAGCACCUUGGAUAGCUCCAUUAAGGCCUGAUGUUGAGCCCAUACCGGAGCCACUAAACUAUUCAAGAACCUUGAAUAGCUCCAUUAAAGUCUGGCAUGAAACUAUAGAAGAAUGACUAAACAGAUUCAGGACCUUGGAUAGCUCCAAAUUCUGGCAUCAAACUCACACUAGAGUUAAUAAACAGUUACAGAACCUUGGAUAGCUCCAUCAAAAACUGGCAUGAAACCCACCAUGGAGUCACUAAGCAGCUUCAGAACCUUAGAUUGCUCCAUCAAAUCUGAUAUUGAACCAACUCUGGAAUCACUAAACAGUUCCAGUACCUUGAGUAGAUCCAUUCAAGAAAGUACUGUAUAUACUCGAGUAUAAGCCGACCCGAAUAUAAGCCGAGGCAUCUCAUUUUACCAUAGAAAAACUGGGAAAACAUUGACUCUAGUAUAAGCAGAGCGUGGUAAAUUUCAGAAAUAAAAAUAGAUACCAAUAAAAUUUCAUUAAUUGAGGCAUCAGUAGGUUCAGUGUUUUUGAAUAUUUACAUAAAGCUCAAAUUUAAGAUAAGACUAUCCAACUCUGAUCAAAUCAUUGAUAUUACUAUUAUUGCAUUUAUUAUUUACUCUAUUUAUUAUUACAUGUAUUAUUUUCCUGUAUUUAUUAUUAUUACAUGUAUUAUUUUACUCUAUUAUUAUUUAAAGGAUACAUAAGCACAUUUGCAAUGAAGAAGAUGAGAAUAAUUCACUCUGAUCUUAUUAUUAUUGCAUUUAUUAUUUUACUCUAUUUAUUUUUACAUGUAUUAUAUUCCUGUAUUUAUUAUUAUUAUUAUUAUUACAUGUAUUAUUUUACUCUAUUAUUAUUUAAAGGAUACAUAAGCACAUUUACAUUGAAGAAGAUGAGAAUAAUUCACUCUGAUCUUAUUAUUAUUGCAUUUAUUAUUUUACUCUAUUUAUUAUUACAUGUAUUAUAAUCCUGUAUUUAUUAUUAUUAUUACAUGUAUUAUUUUACUCUAUUAUUAUUUAAAGGAUACAUAAGCACAUUUACAUUGAAGAAGUUGAGAACAGAGUGAAAUAAUAAAUGUAUUAAUAAUAAUAAAAAUAGAGUAAAAUAAAUGUAGUAGUAGCAUCAAUAAUAGAGAAAAAUAAUAAAUGUAAUAAUACCAAUAAUAAUAGAGAAAAAUAAUAAAUUUACCCUAUUUUCUCGAGUAUAAGCUGACCCAAAUAUAAGCCAACCAGGACCCUCGCCCGAGUAGAAGGCCCCAUAUGUCCUUGUUCUUCCGAUGCUGAAUUUCCCACUCUUUUGCACUUUGGCCUUCAGGACUUUUCUUGAAUCUAUCAUGUCAGCCAGGUAGGCUCGAGUGCUAACAGCAAAGCCAUCAUCAUUAAUCCUAUACAAUGCUAGUUACCUGUGUAGGUAAUAUCCGUUAUGGUCUUCCCCCAACUUGGAUGUAAUAUUUAUUUAACUUAUUAAGUGAAUGUAAUUUAUUAAAUUAAGUAAUGAAGCUUGUUUCUAAAGAUGGAAAUUACAAAAGGUACAAAUGGUGAUCAGAUUAAGCGGGCAAGUAUUAUUUAAAGAUACUAUUGGGCGGGGAGUUAUUCCUCCUCGGUGUGCAGGAAUCUGCUUCAAGUUGGCCUUGUCUGUUUUCCCUUUGUUUUUCCUUAUAAAGCAUUUUUUUAAGUGCAAUUUCGAAAUAUUUUAUUUUUUUUAACUCGGCAAGGUGGUGGUUGAAAUGUUUUUGAGAAAAAAAUAAAAUGUUCAGUGGCAUCUUGUAAGCACAA